UGCAAAACCCGCGUGAUAAUCAAACCUGGGGCUGGGAGCAAGAAAUAAAUUCCGCGCCAAACCCGUAUGAUAAUCAAACCCUAAUUUUGUUGACACAAGCACUGGAGUACUCACAAGAAUCAAACACCAUUGCUUCCGAUUUCUUCCAAAGACUUCAAUGGCGGAUAAGUGCGAGACCGCAAUAGAAGUCCGUACACUGAGCGGCGAAUUGACGACCUUUAAUAUACCGGCGAAUAAAAGUAUUCACGAUCUCAAGCUCCUCUUGAAGCUCACUUUCCCUCCCGCCUCUUCGUACCAAAAUUUCCAUAUUUUCUUCAAGGGUGCUAAACUGAGCCCCCAGAGCAGUGUAGGCGAACACGCCAUUGCGUCUGGUGAGUUCAUGGUGUUAGUUCCUUUCACCAAGAAGAGCCGUCCCGCGACUCCAAAUCCUGAAUUUUCCUCCAAUGCUCUUAAUCAAAACCCACUCUCAGAUUUUGCAGAAUCAGCUUAUUCUGAUAUGAUGAAUGAGUUAUCUUCUUUACGUGGUGAAGCUAAUAGUGGUGAGGGACGGACUGAUCAUGAGAGGGAGAAUAUAUUUUUUGGGUACAAACAUAAGAGGGAAACUAUUAAAGAUAAUGGAGAGGAGCGUUUGUAUGAAUUUGUGUGGAGUGUUUAUAAGUCAAAUAACUGGAAUCUGGUUAAUGACGAGAGUUGUAAAACAUUUGUUGAGGUUUUGAAGUUGGAAAAUUGUUUAUCAUUUCCAUAUUCUGGGAAUUGUUUGUUUCUAAGAGAAGCAAAUUGGAACUGUGACAGGGAGAAUCCCAAUGACAAUAUCAAGUUAUGCUUUUGUCCUUCGUGGUUAAAGAAAAUCAUGGAGGGAUUCACUUUCUUGAACAUACUCUCCUCGUUUCUUCAGUUGCAGAGGGAAGAGGUUUCCUCAAUUUGUUUGAUUGAAGGACUUAAAGAGAUUGGAAAGUUUGGUGUUCAAAUUGGGUUGGAUGAUAUAGAGAAUCUUUCUGUUCUUUGUCCGAAGGUGGUAAGUUUUGUAGAAAAUGAUACAAAGUUCACAAACUGUAGAGAUACUAUUGUUAUCAUCAGUUCUUCAACAGAGAAAGGAGAUGGAGUCAGGCAGAAAACUGGGAAAAAAGGCAAUUUUUCGAAGAUACUUAGUGCAAUGAAGAAACGGGAAGAUAUCUUCAAAACUAAUCUGCGAAAAGCUGGUUUACGGCUAAUGGAUAAAAAUGGGAAUGCUUUGUCAAUGCCUAUUUCCAUGGAGGAUUUUUUCAAAUUUGUGAAGGAAAGUGGUUCCUCUGCAAGCAGAAAUGCAACGGAAAGUGCCAAGAGCUCCAUAUCUUCUGCUUCAACAUCUCAUUCACUCCAGAAACGAUGCCAUGAAACUAAUCAUUUGUCACCAGUGGAAAUGGUUGAACAUCUUCGAGAGGGUUUUGGAUCUCGAGGACAGAUGGUGCAUGUUGAAGAUAUUGGUGCCAGGAAAGCAACCCAUGUAGAUAUCCCAAUCGAAUUAUCGUAUAACACUAAAUCUGUCCUCAGAUGUAUUGGAAUUACUAAAUUAUACAGCCACCAGGCAGAUUCAAUUGUAGCAUCACUUGCUGGGAAGAAUGUUGUAGUGGCAACAAUGACAUCUAGUGGGAAAUCACUAUGCUAUAACCUGCCAGUUCUCGAAGCAUUAUGCGAGAACCCAUCAUCAAGUGCUCUAUACUUGUUUCCGACGAAGGCUUUGGCUCAAGAUCAACUAAGAGCUUUGUUGACGAUGACAAGAGAAUUUGAUGUAAGUAUAAAUAUGGGGAUAUAUGAUGGUGACACUUCACAGAGUGAAAGAACACGUUUACGUGACGAAGCUAGACUUUUGAUCACAAAUCCAGAUAUGUUACACAUGUCAAUCUUGCCCAUUCAUGGGAAAUUCAGUCAAAUUUUAUCAAAUCUUAGGUAUGUGGUGAUUGAUGAAGCUCAUGCUUACAAGGGAGCAUUUGGAUGCCAUGCUGCUCUUAUAUUGAGAAGACUACGCCGCAUCUGCUCUCAUGUGUAUGGUAGUGAUCCUUCUUUUGUGUUUUCAACUGCAACUUCUGCAAAUCCUCGUGAGCAUUGCAUGGAACUUGCGAGUUUAUCAACACUGGAGCUCAUUGAAAAUGACGGAAGUCAUUCUUCUCGAAAGUUAUUUUCCCUCUGGAAUCCUACGUUAUCUCUCACCAGUGUGUCCAAUGAGACACAGAUUGCCACAGACGAUGUUGAAUUGACACGUAAAGCUUUUAGCCCAAUUUCCGAAGUUUCGCAUCUCUUUGCAGAGAUGGUUCAGCAUGGACUCCGUUGCAUUGCUUUCUGUAGAUCGCGUAAACUUUGUGAGCUAGUUUUAUCCUAUACGCGUGAGAUUCUUCAGGAAGCAGCCCCCCACCUUGUAGAUUCUAUCUGUGCGUAUCGUGCUGGCUAUGUUGCUCAGGAUAGAAGAAAAAUAGAGAAGGAUUUGUUUAGUGGGAAGCUAUGUGGCAUUGCUGCAACGAAUGCCCUUGAGCUGGGUAUUGAUGUCGGGCAUAUCGAUGUAACCUUGCAUUUAGGCUUUCCUGGUAGCAUUGCUAGCCUGUGGCAGCAAGCUGGAAGAUCUGGUCGACGAGAGAAGACAUCACUUGCUGUUUAUGUUGGUUUUGAAGGGCCUCUUGAUCAAUAUUUCAUGAGAUUUCCCAGAAAACUCUUUGAGAGUCCAAUUGAGUGCUGUCAUGUUGAUGCCCAAAACCAGCAGGUACUACAGCAGCAUCUGGUCUGCGCUGCUUUAGAGCACCCAAUUAGUUUGCUUUAUGAUGAGAAAUAUUUUGGCUCUGGUUUAGGGACUGCCAUAAUGUCCCUCAAAAAAAGAGGAUGCCUCAGCACUGAUCUGUCGGUUGAGAUUUCUUGUAGAAUGUGGAGCUACGUUGGUCGUGAGAAAAUACCUUCACGUGCAAUUAGCAUUAGAGCAAUAGAGGCUGAGAGAUACCAGGUAAUAGACAAGAAACGGGACAAAGUUAUUGAAGAGAUUGAGGAAAGCAGGGCUUUCUUUCAGGUAUAUGAAGGCGCCGUCUAUAUGCAUCAAGGAAGAACCUAUCUGGUUGAGAACUUGGAUUUAUCGGGAAAGACUGCUCUUUGCAAAGAAGCUGAUUUGAAGUAUUACACAAAAACUCGCGAUUAUACAGAUAUUCAUGUCAUUGGCGGCAAUAUUGCGUAUCCAGCGAGGGUUUCAGAGAGUGUAUUCACAAGAACAACAGCCCAAGCAAAUACUUGCAGAGUAACUACUACUUGGUUUGGCUUCCAUAAAAUAUGGAAAGGAAGCCAUCAAGUCUUUGAGACAGUUGAACUGUCACUGCCUAAAUAUUCAUAUGAAUCGCAGGCAGUUUGGAUUCGAGUUCCACAAUCCAUAAAGACAGCUGUAAUGGAGAAAAAUUAUUCAUUUCGUGGGGGUCUGCAUGCUGCUUCUCAUGCAGUUCUGAAUGUGGUGCCUUUGUAUAUAAGAUGCAACUAUUCUGACUUGGCUCCAGAGUGUCCAAAUUCUCAUGAUACCCGCUAUUUUCCUGAAAGGAUCCUGUUAUAUGAUAAACAGCCAGGUGGAACUGGAAUCUCUGUACAGGUUCAACCCUAUUUCAAAGAGCUUUUAAAUGCAGCUUUGGAACUUCUCUCGUCUUGCUGCUGCUCUUGGGACAGUGGUUGCCCAAACUGUGUUCAAAGUCUCAUAUGCCAUGAGUACAAUGAAGGGUUACACAAGGAUGCGGCAAUUAUGAUCAUUAAGGAUGUUCUUGAUGCAGAGGAAUCUAUCUUUAUAGGAAAAACUGAUUCUUCCAAAACUAUUGAAGCAGGUUUGUCAUGAUGGGGAAGUAAGUUGAUAGUUGAGGACUGAAAUUGUCCUCUUUUAAGAUAUAAAAUUUUACUCUUUUAGUAAACGAAUUGCUUCACACUAUAUAUAUAUAUUGACAAUUGAUUUAAGUAGGAA